AACAGUUCUAAUCCAACACACUGAUGAAAGAGGUGCGGUUGAUCUUCGUUACGUAUAUAUUGACCUCACUCCUUCGAGUUUAAUUUAAAAACCGGGGAUCUGAAAAGAUGACCAGCCAAGAAGGCGACGCAGCAUAUUUACCACUGGAGGUAAGUUUCAUCAUCAGUAUUAUCAUUAACAGCAUCGCCUGUCCCUUCACAGUUGUACUCAACGCGCGGGUGAUAAUGGCCGUGAAAGAGAGACCCCGACUUCGAACCAACAGCAACAUUUUGCUGGCCUGUUUAGCCGUGACUGACUUGUUCACUGGUCUUCUUGGCCAGCCAUCGUUUAUCCUGUGGAGGGUAUUCCUAUUCUUGGGUCUCAAGAGCAGUCGAACAGUGGGAAGUUUCCAUUUCGAUGCUCUGGCCGUUUUUGUAGUGGCGUCAUACGUUCAUCUGAUGUUGGUUACGUUGGAGAGGCUCAUAGCAAUCAAAUUUACGAUGCUUUACUCAAAAAUUGUAACUGGUCAUAACAUGAAGAUGGCAGUGUCAGUAGCCUGGAUCAUUGCCUUUAUGUGUGGGGUUUUCAAUGUGUUAAAAAUGUACCAUGUGUUAGUUCCUAUGGGAGGCCUCAUCACUUUUUCAUGUAUCGUUUUUGUGGCCUUAGCUUAUGCGAUUUUGUAUCAUGAAACCCGUCGCCACCAAAGAAAAAUAAAGGCACAGCUACUUCCCAAAGAAGAAGUGGAAAGAUUUACCAAAGAGAACAAGGCGCUUAAAACGACUGUCUUAGUAAUAGUUGCUGUUGUUGUCUGCGUUCUCCCUCUUUGUUUCUGUCAGAUCUCGAUGUCUACAGGCCUUUAUAAUUAUUGCCCCAUUAACGUGUUAGUGCUACAAACAUUUGUUAUGUUUAACUCACUUCUUAAUCCACUAAUUUACUGCUGGAGACAAAAAGAAAUGCGAAAGUUGAUAUUUAGAAUGCGAACCCAGGUUGUGCAUCCAGUUAUCCAGUGAAAGUGGGAAGGCGGAAAGACAGAAAAACUGGUUAACUAUUUAUGAACACUUUUCUAGCGCAUUUUCCAUCCACUUGAUGAACGAAAUUAUGAACGAAACUAUGUUUUAAGGAAGAUAUAUUUUAGGCUUAUUUACUCCUUACCAAAUCUGAUUCUUGAAGACAGAAAGGCAAAUGUCCUCGACAGGAGUGCAAUUUGUUGAGCUUACUUUUCUGCACUUCUGGAUAUGCACUGCAUACCAAUUUUUCUUCUGUUUUAUUUAGCUAUUUUAUUCGACUGAAUCACAUUAAAGGAAAUG